AUGUUUGCAUUGGACGGACCGCCGGAAGUGUCGGACGCAGAGAAGCUCCGCUUUGCGUGCAAUGCCGUGGGUGGCGAUGGGGCCGAGAACGACCGCAAGGGGCCGAGGGCAUGGAUAAGGUCGGCGGAGGCGGGUCAAGAAGGCACGGAUGUCCGCGAGCCAUACAUCCACGUUUGUCGCGGAGACGAAUUCGCCGACUCGCUCGACGCCUCGUUCUUCGCCAAGACCUUUCCCACCCUACUGCCGUUCGGAUUUGGAGGACCACGGCUCGCGGAGGAAGUCAUCUUAGGACCCGAGGGGCCGGUCAAUUGGCGGGGUACGGCUGCUGGAGAAGAGACGGCGGCGCGAGAUCUUCUGUCGUCUCGGAACAUAAGCCUUCGGACCUGGGCCGGCAUUGUGCUGCGGCGCCAUGGUGGCCGAUUCGCGACGCAUACCAUCUUCUCGUUUCUCGUUUUCAAUAUGGAUGUGCGGUCGAAGAAUCGUCGGGUCAGCAUGCUCAGCGCGACGCGGAAGAACUUCGCCGAGGUGGAGCGCAUCGUACGGUCGCUGACAGCGGAUAGGUUAGCGGCCGCCAGGGCGGAGCUGGAGACGUCGGGCAAGACUACCGACGAUGGCGUCAAGGAGCUUCUAAGAUGCCUUUCGCUGUACGGCUAUCGGCAGCCCAUGUCGAGGGAGCUCCGUCUGAGCAUGCGGCGCAAGAUCCAGUCACUCAUCUUAUGUCGUGGCGUGCCUGCAAUCUGGUUCACGCUCAACCCGAACGACAUCACGAACCCGGUGAAGCUGAGACUGGCGGCAUACCGCACACGUGAUCCCGCAGCGGCCGAGGCAUUCCUGCAAGGCCUCGACAAGGCGUUCAAACGUGCGCGGCUGGCCAUCUCGGACCCGUUAAGCUCGGCCGAAUUCUUCCACCGAGAAAUGACGUUGUUCUUCGAACAUUACGGCAACGUGCAUCUAAGCUCGAUGCUUGCCGAUAUCGACGGCGAGGAUCAAGCGGCAUACCGAGAACGCAUCGUCAGAUACGUCGACAGUGUCUUUUCCGAGGAUCUGGACCAGGAAGGCUUCUGCGCAAUGCAGGCCGAGCGAUCGGUGACGUCAGAUAUAUCGCAAUUUCUGGGCGACGAACGGCAAUUUUCAGCCUCGUUCGACGAGGAAGCGAACUUCUGUGCCGGCGCGACGCAGAUCCAUACCCACAGCCCGACCUGCGUCAAGUACUCGCUGGGCAAAGGGGGGCGCAAGGGCGAUUUAUGUCGUUUCAAGGCGCCGUGGGGACUGGUCGACGAGACGGCCUUCACGGGAGACGGCGUGCUGCGGAUUCGGAGGUCGCACAGCAUGGUGAAUCGGUGGAACAAGGCCAUUGCCGUGGGGCUUCGCCACAACCAUGACAUAUCUUUCAUCGUCACACAGCGUGACGGAAUGGCCGACGGCGCGGAGGUUCGUGGAGACAGUGGUGCCGGUGACGAUGGCAGGCAGAAUAAGACACGGCAGUUCCUGAUGAAGGUGGCGAAUCGCGUGUUUACGGAGAGGCCGUUAUCUGCUUGGGCGUUCCUGAACGUAUCGUUGCUCUACUGGCAAGUCUUCCGACAAUGGCCGCACCUUCGACGAGAAAGCGGCGCAGCCGUUGCAGAUGGCUCUGUGGACGAGUCAAUACUCGUCGAAGAAGCAGGCCAGAGGAUUUGCCGUGUCGAGGCAUACCGUCAUCGGGGAGACGUCCUUCGAGGGCUGUGUCUCUACGACUACGUUUCGCUGGUCAGGCUGAAGCGCAACGAAAGGGACGAGGGGCCCGCCGGCUGGGGGGAGGUCCCGUUCGAGAGCGGCUGGGCUCCGGGAGGCCGUUGGGCGCAGGUGCUCAGGCGACCGGGCAAGCAGGCCACGGUCUGCCUCGACGGGUAUUUGAGCAAGGAUUUCGACGAAGACGACGAAGGGUCGUGCUACCGAAGAGCGGCUGUGCAGCAUCUUGCGCUGUUCGUGCCGUGGACCCUGGCCCCGAGGAUAUCAUGUUUCGUCGAUAACGUGCAGUUGCUGCGACGGUCGGCCGAAGAUGCAAAGCGGGACGCACGGCAGUGGGCGGCCUCGUCCGGUGACGGCGACCCCACGGCAGUACGUCCGGACGAGGACGGCACCGGGGAGGUGGGUGUCGAGCCCGGAUCGGGAUACCAGGCCGACAGUGCGGGAAGCACGAAUCGCCUAAUCGACGUUGUCAGAAGCUCGAUCGGGCCGAACCAAAUCACGGCCGGCUCGCCGGAGCUCACGGCGAUGAUGCAGGAGCUCAGCCGAUUUCAGCAAUCGGCGCUGUCCUCUUCUUCCGAGGUCCAGGCCACAAUACUACCCGAACGGGGCCCAAGACGAAUCAACAUCCCGGGCGGGCAUUCUCCGGAGCCACCAUACCGCCGCAAACCUGUCCACGGCACCGGUGACUGGUCGCCGCGCGGCGGUGCGGGCGUGCUCACGGGUUUCGGGGAUGACGACGUCCAGAUGACGGCAGCGGAGCUCGAGGAAGGAGUAGCGGGGGCCAGCGCGGGAAUGGAGAUCCGGUUCGGUGCCUCAACCUCCUUCCUCGAGGCGGGCAAGGCCCUGGCAGCGCGGCUCACGCUAAACAAGAAGCAGGCGAUCGCCUUCCUAAUUAUAUGCCGCCAGCUUGACCUGAUACGGCGCGGGGAGAAAAGCAACGUACGCCAGCUGUGCCAGUUCGUCGGUGGAGAGGGCGGAACGGGCAAGUCACGAGUCAUCGAGGCGCUCGUCGAGCUCUUCGCGUCCAAGGAUCAAUCGAAUCGUCUGAUGAUAACGGCGACGUCGGGGACGGCAGCAGCGCGGAUCAACGGCAUUACGAUCCACUCCGCCUGCGGGUUCUCGAAAGAUCUCGCGGCAGCCGCAAACGCGGCCAAGGAUCUCGACGGGGUGCGACUGCCGAAACAGGCGGAGCGGUUCGUCGACGGGCAAUCCCGGAUGGACUGGCAGGAGAAGGACGUGCUCGUCAUCGACGAGGUGAGCAUGCUCGGGGCGCGGACGCUACACGCGGUGAACGAGCAGCUCUGCCGGCUGCGCGGGUCGCACCAGGAUUUUGGAGGUAUUCCGAUCGUCCUCUUCUGCGGAGACUUCCACCAAUUCCGCCCCGUCCAAGAACGCUCGAUCCUCCUCCCCAGCACCGCCGUCUCGUGGGACGUAGACAGCUCCUUCAAGGCCGAGACACGGCACCAGCACGACAAGGCGCACGCGUUGUGGAAGAGAUUCACGACCACGGUCAUGCUGGACGAGCAGGACCGCUCGGAUCUGGACCUCCUCAACUCAAGAUGCUACCGGGAAGGCAGGCGGAUCCCGUGGGAGACGUGCAUCACCGUGGUGACGCCGCUGAACAGGAACCGGUGGAACCUCAACAUGGAGGCCAGCUUGGCGUUCCGGGCCCAGCAGCGGUCAGUGAUGCGCAUCUUCAUCUCGGAUCAUACGUGGAAGGAGGCCCUGCCGACGGAGGAAGAGGCCAUCAUGAUGCUGAACCAGGGCGACGACAGCGCGAUCCCGGUGCCGGCCGUCUUCAUGUUCGUGCCGGGGAUGCCGGUCGUCGUGAACCAUAACACCCAUCAGGGGCUAAAGCUGGUGAACGGCGCCGGCUACACGGCGCUGGAGGUCGUCCUCGACAAGUCGUACCCGGGGCAUCGUAUCACGGCAGACACGACGGUCCAUUUCGGGCCGCCGGCGGGGAUAAUGCUGGAGUCGGAGACGACGAACGACGUUCACUUCUGCCAGCGAAAGAGGCCGUGGCAGCAGAACGACGUCAGCCGAAAGGGCCUGCCCUGUACGGCAGCCUUCGCGUGCACAGACUAUAAAGUGCAGGGCAGGACGCUCGAGCGUGUAGCUCUGGAGCUGCGGGGAACGCGGACGUCAAACAUCGACGGACGCGCCGUGUCCUCGCAGUGCGACCCGUACAGCCUGGACCUGGUGGGCAACAAGGUGCCAGACGAGAUGACAGACGCAGAAGCGAGGCUGGGCCAGCUGAGCGACAAGACUGUCCGCGAGGCCUCGGGAUGGCUAGACGUUGAUUCCCUGGACUCUAAAGGCACGGGCCUGGACGUGUAG